GCGAGGCUCGGCUUCCCCGCUUUGCCGUGGCUGCGGUGGCAGGAGCCCCCGCCCGGAGUUUGGGGUUUCCUCCCUUCCCGCGCUCCCCUGCGACCCGGGGGUGGGGGGGCGCCGGGACAGCCGCUGCGCUGGGAGAGCUCUCCAGGGGCUGGGGACACACACACACACACCUCGUCACUCGGGCCCCCAACUUAUCCGCAGGUGCCGGCGCCGCCUCCGCGUUCUCGGGAUCUCCUCAGCCCUGAGGAGGACCUGAUUCUGCCGUUAAUUAGGAGGCUCUCUGCUUGACCUGGGGUACCCAAGAAAGUGCUAAUGUAAUGGAAGAGACAGCGGAGAAGGGUGGAAGCUCCCGUCCAGAGAACGAAUGAGGAGCCCUUCUCACCAAAGGGGCCAAGUUUUUGGUAUAUCUAGUUGGCAUGAGCAGAGCUCCAUUCUACUUUCGUCCGGUUUUACUGAUAAGAAACAUUCACUGCAUUCAGCAGGCAUUCUUUAAGCGCCUGUGGUGUGCCUAGCUGUGCCAGGAACUAAGGGGGUGGGCAGGGUGAAGGUAGGAGAGACUUACCGUCCAGUAGGGACCAGGAGAGACAGAGCCCAAGUGAGGGUGAGAGGUCAUCUUGCAGGGCUUCAUGGAGGAAGUGGCACUUGAACUGACUCUCAAGAGGAUUCAGUAAAGGACCCAGGGAAGACAGGCUGUUCCAUCCAGCCAGGGGAACAGUGGAGAAAGGUCACGCUGGCCCAGGUCAAGUUUAGUGGUGCUGGAACUUUCCAGCUGUAAAAGAAAGUGACAGGAGGAUACAGACUGACUGUGAAGGACCUUUAAUGGCAGCAAGUCUAGGACUUGAGUGAGGCCUAGAGUGCACUUGCGCUGGGGACGGGCGCACAGCCCUGACAGUGAGUGCCGCCCCUAAUGUUGGGCCCUGGGGGCCUCACUUGUCUCACCCUAGUUCCUGUCCUAGGUGACCGGUUAAGGACACAGUCUUUAUCCCAUAGGUACUGGGGAGUCAUGGGAAGUUUCUGAGCACUGGCACGCACAGAGUCCUUGUGAGGAAAUUUGUGGUACGACUUGGAUGGGGGGUGAAGUCUGCCCCCCACAGCAUGGCCUCGGCCCAUUUGCAGUAUCAUUGCUCUCAAAACAGUAGGCAGAAUCAUCCUGUCCAGUUCCUAGGAUGCUUGGAUUUCCUCUGCUGCAUCUGUGCUUUGCUCACUACCUCUUAAAGCACGGCUCUGUCAGCCCUGACGAGGCUGCCCGCGCGGCUCCCUUCCACCUCGACCUCUGGUUCUACUUCACGCUGCAGAACUGGGUUCUGGACUUUGGGCGCCCCAUUGCCAUGCUGGUAUUCCCUCUGGAAUGGUUUCCACUCAGCAAGCCCAGUGUGGGGGACUACUUCCACAUGGCCUACAACGUCAUCACGCCCUUUCUCCUGCUCAAGCUCAUCGAGCGGUCCCCCCGCACCCUGCCUCGCUCCAUCAUCUACGUCAGCAUCAUCAUCUUCAUCAUGGGUGCCAGCAUCCACCUGGUGGGCGACUCUGUCAAUCACCGCCUGCUCUUCAGUGGCUACCAGCACCACCUGUCUGUCCGUGAGAACCCGAUCAUCAAGAAUCUCAAACCGGAGACGCUGAUCGACUCCUUUGAGCUGCUCUACUAUUAUGAUGAGUACCUGGGCCACUGCAUGUGGUACAUCCCCUUCUUCCUCAUCCUCUUCAUGUACUUCAGCGGCUGCUUUACUGCUUCUAAAGCCGAGAGCUUGAUGCCAGGGCCUGCCCUGCUCCUGGUGGCACCCAGUGGCCUGUACUACUGGUACCUGGUCACCGAGGGCCAGAUCUUCAUCCUCUUCAUCUUCACCUUCUUCGCCAUGCUGGCCCUCGUCCUGCACCAGCAGCGCAAACGCCUCUUCCUGGACAGCAACGGCCUCUUCCUCCUCUCCUCCUUCGCACUCACCCUCUUGCUUGUGGCGCUGUGGGUUGCCUGGCUGUGGAAUGACCCUGUGCUCAGGAAGAAGUACCCGGGUGUCAUCUACGUCCCUGAGCCUUGGGCUUUCUACACCCUUCACGUCAGCAGUCGGCACUGAGUCUCUGCUGGGUGGGAGGUGGGCCCUGGAGGGCGUCCGAAUACAUGAGUGGGAGGGGUGUGGAUGUGGAUGUGCAACCAGAGACCGAGAGCAUGGGCGGGUGUGCCUCAUGUGCGUGGAUUCGUGUGUGUGUGUGUGUGUGUCUUGUAUGUGUGUGCAGAGUGCAUCAUUUUCAGACUCGACUAUUGCAGUCAAGUUUCGAAAAUCCGGGCCCUUGCCUCCUCUGCACCUGACCACACUCUCAGGACUCAGGGCUGCUCUGCUCUUCCUGGUCAUCUUCUGGUAGCUAUGCAGGGGAGGUCUGGGUGGGGCAGAGGCCAGGAGGGGACCUAGUGUGUCAUCCACCCACCACCUGGCUCAUCCCUCAGGCCCACCCCGGCCCUACGUGACAGGUGACGUCAGCCUCCUGUGGCUGCUGAGCAAAGCGUUUGCCCUCUCUGGGCCUCAUUUGCACUGGAAGAGCCUGUGGUCCCAAAGCAGGUCAGUAGGUUGGGGUUGCUGACACCCCUUGGGGGCAACUCUGGGACAGGUGAGUGGCUCUGUCCUGUCACUGCCCUCUCCCUGCAUGGCGGCUGUGUGCACACCUGUGAGGUAUGGAGCCAGCCCAGCCCCCAGAAGCCGCAGGCGCCGCCCACUCCCCUGGCGCUCCGGCUCUCCAGCUGACCCUCCCCUACCCGAAGCUCUGUCCGCCUGCUCCCACUCCAGAAGAACUGUGGCACGAGCUUCGGGCAGCCUGGCUGCAGGCUUUGAGCUGCCAUGGAGGGCAGGGCUGUCCUCACGAGCACUGUUCCCGGGGCCCUGUUGAAGGGGUUGGACCACCUUGAGACUCUGGUCAACCUUGCCUCCUCCAGAAUCUCAUGCCUCCUGCCACGGCCCUGCUCCCAGAGAAGGGAGGCCUCAUUCUCAGCAUGGUGUCCUCCCUGCCCCCCGCCCCGCCUUCUCCCAGGCAUGGGGACAGGUGCCCUCACAGCAGAAUGACCCAUCGCCUCAUCUGGCCAGCGCGGGCCCGUGUGUGCUCGUGUCUCUGGAGGGCCUGCCUUGCCUUUCCCGGGCCCUGUCUCCUCUCCUGUGCUCUCAGGGAGCCCCAUGCCCCGAACUCUCCUUCCCUGUUGGGGUCCCCCCAGUCCCUGGGUCAGCUGUGUCUACUGGCCCCCUUGGGUGGUGAGGGGUGUGAAUAAAGGCUGAUGUGUAGCCAA